AACUUGGUGUUGAAAUUCCUAAAUUAAAUAUUUUGAAUGCAACUAAUUGGACUGCACAAUCUUGGGGUAUUCUACCUAAUGAGGGAAUGAUUGAAGAAAAUGAUGAAGAAAUUUUCGAAGGAGGACCAGAUGAAUUAGAAUAUGAAGAAAAUGCAAUCCAAACACUUAUUAAUCAAAUGAAUGUUAAUGAUAUCACCACAGCAAGCAACUAUAUCAACAUUGACUCUAGAAUAGAGAUCUCCAAAAUGAUUGAGAUAAUUGCUGCAGUACAAGAGGUACCAGGAGAAGAAGAAGAAACCAUGAAUACACCACCAAUACCAUAUACAGUUGCUUUGGAUAGUAUUCAAAAUCUAUUUAACUAUUUUCAACAAAAUUCUGGUAUAAAAAUAAAUAGCUCAACAAUAUCAGGAUCGAGAGACCUACAACAUCAAAUUAUAAGGAAACAAAAUGCUUCUCUAAAGCAAGCCACCUUAUAA